GCAUUUAAUCUGCUGUUUGACAUCAUCACUUCUCUGACUUGUAUGCUGGACUUGGCUGGCUGCCUCUCGUAUUGGCGCAUAACAACAUGAUCGAUCACCAAUCAUCGAGGGAAAGGCAAAACUUGAAAAACGUCACAACCACAUUCAGGGUUACUCAACAAGCAGCAGAGGUAUACUACCUAUCUAAUAGGUACCUAUUCACCAACCAUUCUAUACUCACCGAACGAUACGACAAUCGUGUCUUCCUUAUUUAAUCUACUUCUUCGACAAUAUUUAACGGCUCUCCACCAAUACAUUUACCAUCAGACAAUCAGACAAUCAAUUCUACUUCGAUCCUAAGAACAAAAUGGCGGGCGUUAUCGCAAAAUUUGUAUCCAAAAAGAUCCUGAAGGAAACAGCAGGGAACCAAUUCGGAGCGGUAGACCCAUACUUCGAACAAGUCCCCGCGACAAGGCUUGAUGGCACACCAACAGGGAAGAUUAAGAAGGUUCGCAAAGCCUUACCACCUGGCCUUUCAGAGCACGAUGCGAUGAUCUUGACCAAGGUGAAGAGAAGAGCAUACCGACUAGAUAUGAGCUUUGGGAGCUUUAUGGGGCUGAAGUUUGGUUGGGGUAGUGUUAUCGGCCUCUUCCCUUUUGCUGGAGAUGUCGUCGAUGCCCUUCUCGCGAUGAUGGUUGUCCGUACUGCCAAGCAGGUUGAAGGAGGGCUUCCGUUUCAGAUAUGGGCCUGGAUGUAUGUGCUGGUGUUCAUAGAUCUUAUCGCCGGUUUGGUCCCGUUUGUUGGAGACAUUGCCGAUGCCAUCAUUCUUGCCAACACGCGCAACGCGGUGGCAUUAGAAGAUUAUCUACGAAAGAAAGGCAAGAAGAAUCUUCGCGCAAGUAAAUUGCCGGUGCCAGAUGUGGACCCCAGCGAUCCGGCCGAGUUCGAUCGAUUUAAUUCGGAGUCACCUGAGCGCGCGUCGUCUCGAGUUACGCGUCAAGGUGAAAGGUCUGGAGGUCAAUUACGAACAGACCAUGUUCCCCAGGAAACUGGUGUCGCAACCGAAUGGACCCAACCGUCACAACCCGCUCAAGCCAGGGUUCAUGACGAUAGACAAGGAGGCUCGAGCAGAAGUUUCUUUGGGUUAGGUAGCAAGAGAUCUCGUCCAGCUGAUAUCGAGGCUGGUAGACGGAACUAGGGACCCGCUAGCAAUUACGAACUGUGGGGUUCAAUUAAGAAGAAGAUCAGAUCGCGUUAAUUACUUUGGAGGGGCUUCUCUACAUACAUACGCGUCACGCUACUACGAAUUUGGUUAUUCCGUACGAGACCGUUCACCAUUACUGUUCGAAUUGGCUUUUAUGCUUUUGAUUAUUCUUGACUAUUUUGAAAUUGGGACACUUUUUAUUCAUGAUGUAGGAUGAGCAUAGCAGGUCUAGGUGCAACGGCAAAAAACGCGGGCGGAUAGAUGAGACUAAGAUACCAUACAAACAUUAUGUCAUAAUGGAGGGGGGAUCAUAUUGGAUGAGAUGGCGGCUAGUAUUAGAUUUUUAUGAGACAAUGGAUUGGAUUACACCAUCUGAAACGACGAGCUCUGUUACUCUGGAUUAUUACGACUCAACACUGUGUUGGAAAACAUAGGUAGCCUAUCGUAUACAUAUAUGGUAUGGCUCGUAAUCCGAGGACAGUAACCGACAAGGCCGAUAUUAGGUCCGGAAUCAAACAGUCCAAAGUCGAUGAUGAUUCGUACAUAGUGACGAGUAAUCAUUAGCUGAUCUUGAAUCAGCUAGAAACUAGGGAUCUCACCCAUACCCCUUUGGGUUUGCUUGUUUAUCUGAUGACUGUGAUCUGAUAAUCCUACUAGUUGGUGUAGAUAUCCCUGUUUUGUGACACAUGAAGCCAGUGCCG